AUGUCUCAUGAGUGGCUUGCUUUUAUUCCGCUUCAGCCCAUGUCCGGGUUUUUGCAGCCUCUCUUAGAGUCCAUACGGCAGAUCUUGUCAGAGCAAGAGUUGUUCCUUUCGAUGGAUGGUUCCUUGCACAAGCCGGGCCAACUUCGUAUACUGCCUUCCGAUUUCACACAUGAGUCUGAACCCCUCGUGUCGGGUUCCGGAAAAGCCUGGUGUUUCUUGUCAAAGGAAUACACAUCAUCCCAUUACCCAGCGUUGCUUAAGCUUGGCGCUUCGAUAUUGGUCGUCAAUGAAGCUCUAGACCUUAUUAAAGAUGACCUCCAACGCCGUAAGUCGCGUUUGCGCACUCGACCACUGCGCGAUUCCUGGCAUGACACAUUUACAACAUUCAUCAAUGACUUGCUAGCCCGCAACAAUGCUGAUUACAGGGAAGGAAUCCGCGGCAUGUGUAUCAUCCCUGUCCGGGCUAACAGGACGUUGGAAUGGCACCGCCCCGGACCAGACAUCUUCUUGCCCCACGCGGUCAACGAAGGCACUGGUCCUGAAUGUAUCCUCAUCGAGAUGCCCAUUAAUAUUGAUAUUGUGGUCCUUCAACCGGACGCAGCUACAGCGCCCAGACGACGUGACUUGUAUCUAGCCCUAGGAGUCCAGCAGGCCUCUACUUUGCACAUCCGCACUGCUAUCACCAAAUUAAUGACAAAGUCCGCUGGCGGGUGUCGCUUUGACUUACUGCGUUCGGCGGAACUCCUAUUUUGGUUUAACCUGCCUUUGGGUUCUCGAGACGAGCUCAAAGCCUGGACGUCUGGAGACAUCGAUGAUCAUACAAAACUGUUGUUUAUGCGUUCACGAGAGCAGUAUCAUGCAGAAUGUCUGGUACGCCUUGAUGAAAAUCCGGACUAUGGCAAGCACUUUCUGGACGAAAGUUAUCAAUCUUCCCAGGUCGCAAGCAGAUCACGUGGUGGCAAGACCUGGAGACAGUGGCUGACUGAGGUUGCCGGUGUACGUUGGUACCCACCUCUUGCAGAUCUCUCAAGUCCCAAGAUGUUACACUGGAUGCUCGAUUUCGUUCAUCGCCGGGACUCAAUCCUGUUCUUAUCUGUGAUCCAAACGUAUUGGGCACAAGAGUACAGUAGUACAUGUCGGGCCAAACCAGAACUGGCCGAAGUGCUCCAGAAGUGCCAAGUGCUUUGUAAACACGGCGGAACCCAAGAGCUUUCAAAAUGCUGGUUUCCAACUAGCAAAAUUCUGGACGCGGCGCGGAAAUAUGGCGUUGAAAACCGAAUACCGAUUCUGGCAUUGCCCGAUGCUACUCAGGAACAUCUGAUCUCCGACUGGCCAGCCUUGAGAGACUUGGGUAUGCGUCACAGCCUUCAGUUAUGGUUUUAUCGCCAAGCGAUUUCACUACUCUCUGCAACAGGACAACCACCGAUAGUCAGCUCAUUGAAGCUUGGAUGUCUUUACAGAGAUAUCGCUGAUCGACUAACUCUAGAGGACCGAUGGAAUAUUCAGGUUCGUCAUGGUGAUUUGACUGAUACUCUUCCUAACAACCGCCAGGACGAUUUUAAGAAUCAAUCUCUCAUUUGGGAUCCAGCGGGCAACGUGUGGCGAACCAUGGAUCAGUGUGUAUGGGAGAGCGAUAUUACACUCCAUCGCAGGUUUAUAAUAACUUCUGUAUAUGAGAAGGCCACGGUCUCUGGCUUAUUUGCAAUACAUCUCCAGGUCCCAAGCGUGUCGAUCGAAUGUUUGGUGGAGGAGCUUGAGUAUUUGAGGGACUCACAUCGGCCUGAGACUAAUGCGGAGUUUCAGACCACUAUUUCGAAGGUGUACACUCAUCUCGCCGGUAUGAAUGCGACUGUGGAGCAGGAGGAGAUUAUCAGGUUGGUCGAGUCCCCCACCAAGAGGGAUGCACGUGCUGACAAAUUGCAGGUGUUCAUUCAAGGGAAAGAAUCUGAUCUAUAA